AUCUGUAGAGGAUCCAGAGCAGCCGUAGAGAAGUAUAUGGAGCAGCAGCUUGUUUACCGACCGAUAAACUUUGGAAACGCGUGUAUGUGAAAUACAAGAGCCGGCUGGUUGCUGCCGCAGUAUUGGCCGUGGCCAGUACAACUGGAUGUGUUUCUGGGCCCGAAAAGAUUGUCUCGGUGAUCUUGACGACCAACGAGCUUCGAAUACACGGCAGCUCAGAUGACGCAGGAGAAAGCGAAAGAUGAAUGCUCGCCUCGAAGUCGCAGUUCGAGCGAGGCGUCCAAGUCUAAGGAGAAAAAGGAGAGGCCAUUUCUCACAAAGGUUGUAGUCCGGAGGCUGCCACCGACGAUGACGGAAGAGCAGUUCCUCGAGCAGAUAUCCCCUGUUCCUGAAAGCGAUUAUAUGUACUUCGUCAAAGGAGACUUGAGCCUGGGCCCCCACGCGUUCUCAAGGGCUUACAUCAAUUUCGUCAAUCAGGAUGAGAUAUUCAUCUUCAAGGAGAAGUUCGACGAUUACAUUUUCGUCGAUGAGAAAGGCAAUGAAUAUCCGGCACUAGUCGAGUAUGCACCCUUCCAGAAAAUACCGAAGCGCAGGACUCGCAAGAAAGAUCCAAAGUGUGGAACGAUAGAACAAGACCCGGAGUACAUCAAGUUUCUGGAAAGCCUAGAGCAACCAGAAGAAGUGACGCUACCUUCUAUUGACACCUACAUAGAGGAGAUCGAAGCUAGAGAUAAGGAAAUCAAAGCAAACAAUGGCUGCCUCAAGGUGGUAACUCCUCUAAUUGAAUAUUUGCAGCAGAGGAAACUGGAAAAGCUGGCGGCCCAGAAACUGCGCGAGGAGCGUCGGGAGGAGCGCAAGAGGCGGGAGGUGGAGAAGAAGCGCUUGCGCGAUGAAGAAAAGAGGCGGCGGAAGGUGGACCGUGACCGUGCAACUAAAGAGCCAAGCAUGCAAAGGGAGUCAUCGUCAGCCCAUUAUGAUGAUGAUAUGCCCCAAUUCGACGACGUUGAGCCAGCACCAGCUAAGCCGCAGGUCGUCAAGGUGCUGAGAAACCCUGUUCGAGAGCACGAGCCGCCAUCGGCAACAACUGCAAAGGACUCGGGAACCGGAGUAGUACCGAAAUCGAGCGCAGGCACGGGUGGCAGCCAUUCCAAGGCCCCACCAGUGCGCAGUUCCAUGGGCGGUGGCAGCAAUGCACGCAAGGACUGGGAACGUCCCAAGGUGCCUAGACCGAGCAAGGACUACCAGGGUCCCAAAGAGUACAGCAAGCACAAGAGCGAACAACCUGCUUCCUCCCACAGCAGGCGUGGAUCGACAGGUUCCGACGGGAGAGGCCAGGAAGCGGGCGCCCCGAAAGCAUCAGCAACGACUCCGGCCACAGACGAUGAACGAACCAUUGCUGAAGGCUCUCGGGGUGCCGCACCUUCCACGAGCACUCCUGCCGAGGGCAAGAACGCCAGUUCAGAGAAGGAUCGCGAGCGACCAUCGGCACACGAGGAGUCCUCGCAGUCCCGCACUAAAGACCCUCGAGCAGAGAGGAGGAUACGCAACAAGGAUCGGCCAUCUAUUGAGAUAUACCGGCCUGGGAUGCGAAGGCUAUCGCAAAAGGCCACAUCAGCUCAAGAGGAAUCUCCAUCUGCCGGCACAAAACCAUCAAAAAGCGCCAACAGUAGUAGCAAGCCACCAACUUGAGCUUUAGGCAGUCUAUUUCUACAUAAACAGGAAUCCACAUUUGUUCACAUGUGACUUCUUGCCAUUCCUUGUAAAUAAAUCCAAUUGUGGCGAUGUGCAGUGUACAAGUGUGAAAGUGUGACCAUAUUGUGGGACAUGUACUUAGUUGAUUAGACAUUGACAUUGCAAGAAACAGCUAAUUGGAAAUCAACGAUAUGAUAGUGGGCUUGAAUUUAAUUCCUUUGUUAUAUUUCUUUUUGCCUGAUUCGUAAUUAACAUGAGCAGCAUUUUUGC